AUGGACUUUCUGGAGCCACGGAGAGCGUACCGCAGAGCACAGUCAGAAGAUAUGGAACUGAAGAGUCGAGACAUCUACGUGGAGGAGUUUUCUCUUCGUUCAAAGUCCAGUUUCACAACGACCUUCAGCUCGACGAUCAGAGAUGAAUCGCCUCUUCUCGACUCUGACUCCAGCCCUGUUCGUACAGGAUCGUCAUACCUCUCCAAAAAAUCUUUGAGGCUCCCUUUCUUCACCUGGCCAACUCGCCUUUAUGGGUGGCGCACCGGCGCCCUCACAGCCGCCCUUCUCGGGACAUUGUCGCUUCUCGUCAAUCUCGUGGUGGUCUCCUGGCUUGGUGCCCGCGGCCACGGCUCCAGCCUUGUUGAAGUCUACAACGGUCAUUGUGGCAAGGUUCAAACCAUGGACACCUGGAUUCACUUGGCGAUAAACACGCUCAGUACGUUACUACUGGGCGGCUCCAAUUACUGCAUGCAAUGCCUCUCUGCUCCUACCAGGGUGGAUAUCGACCGUGCCCAUGCGAAGGGAGAAUUCCUCGACGUGGGAGUACCUAGUGUGAGGAAUCUGAGAAGAAUCCCAGGUUCUAAGAUGAUUCUUUGGUGGGCCCUUGGGUUGUCUUCGAUACCUUUGCAUCUCAUGUAUAACUCUGCAUUCUAUAAAUCCCUACAAAUGAAUGACUACGAUCUAUUCUUUGUGACACAAGAUUUUAUUGAUGGCAAACCGUUUGGGCCGUUGAACAAUACAAUCUAUAAUACCGCCUACGAUUACACCGACCCGAGGGGUGUUCAGUCUUCGCUCCUCACGAAUCCAGAGAAAUGGGAGCGUCUAGACAAUGCGGCAUGUAUCAACGCUUAUGCCACAAAUUUCCUCAGCAACCGGCGAAAUUUGAUACUGUUGUCAAAUAAUGGCACGAGCAAUCCGAACAAUAGCGUGCUGACAGUUCAACCCUAUUUUUCCGGAGGUGUCAGGCCUUUUGACUGGAUUUGCACCGAGGAUCCCAACAUCGUCAAUAAAGUUAACGUACCUUUUCAAUCGAACGGUGAUCCACAACCGUGCGAAACUUGGGUUUCCAAAGUGGCAGCCAUCGCAUCUGAAUGGCAACCUUACAGUUUCGAUGUCCAGUAUUGCCUUUCUGAGGUUGUGCCUGAGAGAUGCAGCUAUAAUGGCAACAUUCCCAUCGUGGCGAUUGUUCUGACAUGUAAUGCUAUCAAGAUUUUCGGGAUGCUCUUCGUGGCGUUCCGAUUGGCAGACAACCCUUUGAUCACGGUGGGAGAUGCCAUGGAGAGCUUUCUUAAUGAAAACGAUAAAUCGACGGAAGGGUUGUGCUUGCUGGGCAAGAGUGAGGUUGUCAUGGCCAUGCAGUCAAAGAGGCACUGGUGUCUUCGGGGUCAAGAGGGAAAUGGCAAAAUGAGGGCUAAAAUGGCCCGCCUGCGCGCCAAACGUGGGCUUGAAUCUGCCAGCGUCAAGCGAUGGUCACUGACCACUGGCUUCAUGAUCCUUGCAUUGCUCGCAGUGGGCGCCUUGCUCGCCGUGGCAGUGAGAGUCAUUCACUCCGACGGACUCACCAUCGGCGCCAUCGGCUUUGGCAAAGUCACUCCUGCGGGCGUAAUCUCAGGUUGGAGCGUGGGCGUCACUGGCUCUGCUUCGUCGAAAAUCCUCUCCUCGAUCCUCAUUGCGAACUUACCACAAACAAUAUUCAGCUUCUUGUAUUUGAAUCUGAACGGACUGUUGACAAGUAUGUGGCUAGCGAGCGAGUGGAGUGACUUCGCUAGAGAGAGGAAGACUUUGAGAGUGUCGAGGCCGAAGGGGAGCCAAAGAAGUACGCACUUCUUACAGUUACCCUACAAGGCUGCCGUCCCCUUGAUGGUGGCUUCCGGAGCAUUGCAUUGGUUGAUCUCGGAGAGCAUCUUUUUGGCGGUGGUUGCAGAGUAUACUCCAAAUGGGGAUCUCUAUGACUCUAUUGCGAUCGCCUCUUGUGGAUUUUCUCCGCUGGCCAUGAUCAUGGUGCUUGUCUUAGGAGGGAUCCUCGUUGUUGUUACAUAUGGGCUGGCGUUGAUGAAAUAUGAUCCGUCGAUACCGUUGGUAGGGAGUUGUAGUGCGGCCAUUGCGGCGGCGUGUCACCAGCCGAAUUGGGACACUGAUGCCUCGCUGAAGGCUGUGCAGUGGGGUGCCAUCCCCGGGAUGGUUGACAGUGGAGGGAUCGGGCAUUGUGCGUUCAGCAGUGGCGAUAUCGAGCCUGUUCGAGAGGGAAGAUAUUAUGCUGGUAUCCCAGACGACAAGCAGAGUCUGAUGCUCAAUGGAAGGACAAAGGGGUAG